UGCACCAAGGAGAAGUGGGCGCGACUUAGAGCACCCGAUGCCCCAAAGGUUACUUCCAUACAGCGAGAAGUGGACCAGCGUGGAAGCUACAACGGGCGACAAUGAGCUCUUCGACCUCAAAAACACAGCAAUUUCACAAAAUUCUGACCCAAUCGAAACCCUUCGGGUCGAAGUCCAGGACUCAGGAAGAAAUUGAUGAAUCGCUGCGGAAAUUGCGGAAACUUAUACUUGUAAAUGGGAUACCUUCCGACACUGAUCCAGCAUUAAGACCAAGAAUAUGGAAGCUUCUGCUUCGUGUGAAUGACCUCUCCGCUGAUGCGUAUCUUCGAUACGUGGCGCAGGGGCCCUGUUAUGUCCGGGAGAAGAUACGAAACGACACCUUCAGGACACUGGCCACUGAUCAUUCGUUUAAAGAGCGAGUGGGAGAAGAUAUGCUCGUUCGCCUUCUUGAUGCGUUUGUCUGGAGGAAUCAUGAUUUAGGAGAAAUUGGGAGACCAGGUUUUACGUACGUACAAGGGAUGAAUGUGCUAGCAGCGCCAUUCCUGUACACAAUGCCCUCCGAAAUCGAGGCGUUCUAUUGCUUUGCUGCAUUCAUAGAGAAUAACUGUCCGAUGUACGUGCAGCCGACAUUAGAGGGAGUCCACCGCGGCCUAAAGAUUCUAGAUCGCUGCCUUAAAAUUCUUGACCCUGAGCUUUUCGCCCAUCUGCGGUCGAAAAACUUGUCUGCCGAAAUAUAUGCAUUUCCUUCUGUCCUGACUCUUUGUGCAUGCACUCCGCCACUGCAACAGGUGCUGCAAUUAUGGGACUUUUUGCUCGCAUUUGGCGUGCACUUGAACGUCCUAUGCGUGAUUGCUCAGCUUCUCUUAAUUAGAGAACAAGUGAUCGCAAGUAAAAGCCCAAUGAAGCUCUUGCGUACCUUCCCAGACCUGGACGCCCAGGCCGUCAUUGGCAUCGCAGUCACACUAGUGCGCGAUCUUCCACAAGAACUGUAUAACGAGCUUACAAAACAUCCGUAUGAGAUGCGAAUCUGAACAGCGAACAUUGUCCUUCGCAAUUCCGGUAUUUAGGGAGGACUGGUAUCCUCAUAGUUAUUGUAAUGAAAUUAGCACUGCUCCACUUACUGUAUCUAUACUGUCGUGAGUGAAUCUGCAUUUCGAAGUGAGG